AUGUCGACAACCACCCUCCAAGAGAUCGUCGAGGCGACGACCGAGUCCUACACAGUCAAGGACCUCGUCGACUUCAGCGACCGCCACUAUGGCGACUGGCGCGACGAGUUCCACAAGAAUGGUUGCGUCGUUCUCAAGAACGUGAUUAGCCCCGAGCGAGCCAAGUACUACUGUGACAAGCAGAUUCAGUGGUUGAAGAAUUUUAACCUUGGGUUUGACGAGAAAGAUGAAAGCACUUGGACCGCGGAGCACCUUCCAGUGAGCUUCAAGGGAGGGAUGUAUUUCGCAUAUGGCGCAACCCAUGAGAAGAUGGCGUGGGAAGCUCGCUCCGAACCUGCUGUAAUCGAGAUUUUUGAGAAACUGUGGGAAACCAAGGAGCUGCUUUGCUCUUUUGACGGGCUGAACAUCUCGCUUCCCCGCCGAAAGGAUCUCAAUUGGAGCCCAUGGCCGCACUGCGACCAGAACCCGAAUCGGAAGGGGAUGCAAGCCGUCCAAGGCCUAUUGAACUUUGCCCCGAAUGGUCCCCGCGACGGCGGCCUCAUGCUCAUGAAGGGCUCCGCCAAACUCUUUGACGAGUUCUUCGCUUCGAAGCGUGACGCGUACGACCAUGAGGAUGCCCCACCACCCGAGCUCAAGUACAUGGACCUCUUCCUCUUUCACGAAAAGGACCUCAAGUGGUUCGAAGAGCGUGGGUGUGAGAUGAUCAAGGUAAACAUGGAGCCUGGCGACUUUGUCCUCUGGGAUUCUCGCACUAUGCACUAUGCUUGCUUGCCCGAGGGCGACCAGAUUCGCCAUGUGCAGUAUAUCUGCAUGACCCCGAGACGAUUUGCCACCGAGAAGGCGUUGGAGCUGAAGAAGUAUUGUUUUGAGAAUUACAUGGGGACGACACACUGGCCGCAUUGCAACAUUCGCCCUGCGGCGGAGAAGCCCAUGCGAAAUGGCGAGGUGUGUCCGGUGUAUCGGACAGAGCCAUUCGAGAAGCCCGAAUUGACGGAGACGGUGUUGAAACUGGCUGGUGUCAAGCCCUACUAG